AUGGGGUGCUGCUUCUCUCGAGACGCCAACAGCUCGCCGUAUCCAGGCUCUACGGCCGGCCAGCAUGGUGACUCGUCUCACCAGAUCAACAUCAACACCGCCGGCCACCGCCAUGACCAGACAGAGCGGCCGUCGCCAAACGGCGGCCUCUCGCACGCUGCCUCAGAUGCCUCCUCUGCCACCCCUCGACCAUCUCGCUCAGCCGCCCGUCGCGGCGUCCCGCUGAACGAGCACUUCAACCAGCCCAUCCGCCCGCACGUCUGGAAGAGCAAACGCCGCACCUGGACCCGCGCAACCAUCGACAGGGAGCGGGAAGUCUUCUUCGAUACCAGGGUCGCCGGCCGACCAGAGAUAUGGGCUGCUCUGUCCACCGCCCUCUCCCUGCUGCGGGACGGGGACGUCCAGACCGCCCAGGGCAUCAUCGACGCAGCUGGCAUCACCAUUCCAACAGGCGACGUCUGCGAGGGAUGCUACGACGAGAGCGGGGCGCUGUACAAGUUUCCAGAAGCUAUUGUGUCUGAUCCCGUAAACCUGGCGGAUGACGACCAUGCUGCCGAGGAGGCCUUCAAGUGUGAUACUGGCGCUGACCUGGACGGUGAUGCAGACGGUGAUGCAGACGGUGAUACAGCUGGCGACGAGACGUCUACUGCAAAGUUGGUGCUGGGCACCGGUUCCUCUGACGACCUGUUGGACAAGGAAAAGGAACGCAGGCGGGAAGAGAAGGGGAAGCGAAACGAACGAGACAUGGUCAAGGUCACUGCUCGGCUGAGCGAUCGCGGCGGACCAGAUGUAGUCGUGAGCAUCGGCAAGGAGCAAACCGUUGCCGCCCUUGUUCGGAAGAUCCAGGCUGAAGCUAGACUCCCUUCCAAUACCCGCAUCCAGAUCGUAUAUCUGGGCAAGUUCUUCAGAGACAGCCAGACACUACUUGAACAGGGCUGGAAAGAAGGCAACGUCGUAAACGCGUACGUUAGGGUUUCGAAAUGA